AUAGACUCCGUCCUAGACUGUGCCUGGCCAAUCGUGGUCUCCGGCAAGCUGAAGCUGAGAAAUGACUUGCACAUGUACAAGGGAGAACCGCAGUUUAGGAGUUUGUGAAGAAACAAUCAUCCCUCUUUUUGUUAUCAGGUAGCCGUCCCUUUCCAGCAUUGUUUUCUGGCUGUGGCAUUCCACCCCGAAGAGAACAGGCCUCGUCCAUACCAGACCCUAGGCACAGGUCAGUCGGCGAUUGACCCUGCUAAUAGACACAUGCUGAAGCAUCCAGCUGAACCGAGUUCGGCCUUGACUCCUGUCAACACCCUUUCUGGGAGCAUCGAGUCGCUGGUGGGAGCGUGCAUUUGUGGAAUCUGGAUGCUGUCACUUCUCUAGUGGGACAGGUACAGUGGAUCCUGCUUCAACAGUCAAAUCGUCGGUUCAGGCGAAGUGCUGUAUGAUACCGGGUGCGGUCCAACACCCGACGACGAGACGAAUUUCCUUUCCCAUGUACCACGAACAACCGAUCUCCUCGAGCUCAAAUCAAAACAAAAAGAAGAGGUGGCAUACAACAGCAAGGAGAAUAUUGUGAAGACUGUACUGGUCGACAUUCCAUGCUCCAGUGAAAGUGAAGGGCUGAACAAUAUUACAUCCGACCCAGCCAGAUCUCCCAUGUAUCAACUGUCUGCGUUGAAAUAUAUCGACCUACGGCUCCGUGAGCUUGGCCCUUGGAACGAGGGGAAAGUAUCUUAAGGGAGGCUCGUGUGGCGAUUCGAGUGCCUGCGUGUUCUGAGGUUGGACUCUCCUGUCACCACCUCUGGGUCGCCACGCAUAUGGCUUCACAUCACCGACCCGUCAUGGGUCCGCCAGAAACACCAAGCAGGCUUAUCCAGCAGUCUCCGCGUCUCUUUCCGAGUCUUCAACUCUCGCCUGACAUGUACGCACAUCAGUUCACUGGCCCAGCUACGGCGCCUGCGUAUCCUAACCAGAGGUUAUUCUGGGAUCCGUCGAGUAUGACCUUCGACGAUCCAGGCCUCCCUCAGCAAUACCAGGACCAUUUACAGUUCAGUCCGGUGAGCAUGAGCACGUCGUUUGCGUCUUCGACCACAGUCGUACCAAGUUUCACACCCCAGGGACCUUUUCAGAUGCCAGAAGAACAAUCUUACGACCUGCCAAUGCUUCAACGAUCAUCAAGUUAUUCUCACCUCGACGCAUCAGUCUUCCCAGCCCCAUUUACGACGUCCCCUCGAAUCCUACCGCCACAAGCCGAGAAUCCAAGUAUGUUUCUGAGUUCGCCAGCCCGAAGAUUUGGUGCUGCCGACCAGAUGCCCAAUCGAUUUAUACACAAUCCUGUCCCCGAGAGGCCGGCAUAUGCACAUCAGCUUGAAGAAUCUCGGCGGGAGCAAGAAACGAAACGAAUGCGAAGGAGCGACAUAAAACAACCAUCCAUCACAAGAUCCGUGAUGGAGGCUUUGAGACGUCCAGUCUCUCCUAGGAAGGAGAGCAGACCUGGCCUGAAGAGGAGUCUUACGCAUACAGGGGUGCGAGGGGACCGAACACUAAAAGUCCAAACAUCUGUCGCCAACGCAAAGCAGAAUCCUCCAGCACAAUUGGACGCGAGCAGACAGCAUCUUCCAGGUCGUUCGUCUCCUCUAAAACAAGUCGCCGAUCCCAUAUCUCGCACGCUUACUGCUAGUCGAAAUUCCACGCGUGCCUCGCUGUCGUUGGCGAUCGAUGAAAAUGGCGUUGCUAAAACCAUAGUCACUGGUCACCCUUACGAUGCGGACAUGGACGGAAUAUCUGGCAGUGAAGCUGAAUCUUUUGACGACACUGAUUUCCAAAUACUUCACAGCCAAAGCAAUUCCUUUGCUUUUUCGGAUACUGCAGACUUGUUAGGACAAGGCCAUCGACCAUAUGGUCACACCAAAACGAGCUCUCACUCUACUGUGGCCUCGGUAAAUUCAGCCAAGCAGUCGUCAUGGCAUAGCUCCGCUUCCAACACCAGGAGCUCUGACGGCCAACGUGCCCGGCGAAAGCGACCGCUCACGAGCACCCAAGAGAUGGACAUUGUGAUGGAAGACCAACCUCGUGGGAAUGCGCAACAUGCGCUCAGAGCCAUUAUCGAAGAUCGAUCACGGUCGACUUCGGCACAGGGACAUCAUUAUAACGUGUUGCAGCUGCAUUCUUCGCCACCGUUGCAGCAAAGUCAAUACGCUACGUACGGUGCCUCGCCCACUACCAUCACUGAUCCGGAAUUAGCCACACCAAGCACUGAUAGGGACAGCCUUGCCAGCAAUAUGAGCACAAGAUGCGUUUGCAAUUCUUCCAUGCUCGACGGCUCCGUGCCGAUGGUCCAAUGCGACUCAUGCUCGAAAUGGCUUCACACUUCCUGCGUAGGCGUCGACAGUCGACGCAUCCCCCAGGUCUAUAUGUGCCUCUUUUGCGUACAAACACCUUUGCGGCAGGGUGCCACUCCCCUGCGGCCGUUGACGGUGUAUCCGACCGCCAGUCCUUUGGCACAUAAGUCAAAGCGCAAUCGCUGAGGAUCAACCCCCCAAGUUGGAGUUGUCGCCACUCCAUUCCAUAUUUUACUUUGUCGAACGCAUUGAGCGAUAUUCUGUACACCAUUCUACCAACCAAUCGACAAGGUAGAUGUAUUGUUGACGGAUUUGUACACGUAGAUGAUCGGUCUAGGCGAUUUGCUAAUUGUGCAGCCUAUUUAUUAUAUAUACUUGUGACAUUGCGUGUCAUAAUAGUACUGUCUUUUCAGACAUUGAUUGUUCAUCCGUUGGACGGAUUGCUUGUUCUGCUUGGAGCCGGAUUCGCGUUAGCGAGGCAUAGGAGGUUUCCAUCGAAACAGAUGCUGGAUAAUAUCUACCGCAAUGGCAAUUGAAGGUUAC